CCCAGCUUCAAAGCCCACCCUUCCACAUCGACCACCCCACUCUUGGACUGUGAACCAGUGGAAAUCAAACCCCCGACUUCCAGACGUGCUAAGAGAACUGGAAGGGCGUACCUAACACCGAGCUUUCGAUUCUGGAUUCUGAUGUGUGAACAAGGGUGACAUCAAAUUACUGUUGCUGUUAUGGUUCAAGCGUUGUCAUGAGGGAGACGAUCGUGGCCCCUGAGGUCGUCCCCAGCUGUCCCCAACCCCACUUGGGCCUUCCUGCCAGCCCCACCCAGGGGCCACCCCGGAGGUGACGGUGCCAGGGCACCUCCAGGUGGCAGAGCUCCCCCAUUCUCGGCACCAUGAGCACCACCACCACUGGCCCAGAAGCUGCCCCCAAACCGAGUGCCAAGUCUAUCUAUGAGCAGAGGAAGCGUUACUCCACUGUGGUUAUGGCUGACGUUUCCCAGUAUCCCGUCAACCACCUGGUGACGUUCUGCCUGGGUGAGGAGGAUGGCGUGCACACAGUGGAGGACGCCUCGCGGAAGCUGGCCGUCAUGGACAGCCAGGGCCGCGUCUGGGCCCAGGAGAUGAUGCUGCGCGUGUCUCCGGACCACGUCACGCUGCUCGACCCCCUCUCCAAGGAGGAGCUGGAGUCGUACCCGCUGGGCGCCAUCGUGCGCUGCGACGCGGUGCUGCCGCCCGGCCGGAGCCGCUCGCUGCUGCUGCUCGUGUGCCAGGAGCCCGAGCGCGCGCAGCCCGACGUGCACUUCUUCCAGGGCCUGCGUCUCGGGGCGGAGCUGAUCCGGGAGGACAUCCAGGGAGCCCUGCACAACUAUCGCUCCGGCCGCGGGGAGCGCCGGGCGGCGGCGCUCAGGGCCACGCAAGAGGAGCUGCAGCGCCGCCCCUCGCCGGCCGCCGAGACCCCGCCCCUGCAGCGCCGCCCGUCGGUCCGCGCGAUGAUCAGCACGGCGGAGUCGGGCGCGGGCCGCGGGCCACCCCAGGUGGAGCCCAUCCCUGAGGCGGAGGAGGCGCGGAGACCCGGCGGGGCGGCGACCUCUAGUGGCGCUGACCCAGCCUCCCCGGACCUGGGCCCCCGCGGCCCGGACCUGGCCAGUCUGCAGGCGGAGCGGGAUGUGGACAUCCUGAACCACGUGUUCGACGACGUGGAGAGCUUCGUCUCGAAGCUGCAGAAGUCUGCAGAAGCUGCCCGAGUUCUGGAGCACCGCGAGCGCGGCCGCAGGACCCGGCGCCGGGAGGCCGGGGAGGGCCUCCUGACGCUGCGGGCCAAGCCGCCCUCGGAGGCUGAGUACACCGACGUGCUUCAGAAAAUCAAGUACGCCUUCAGCCUGCUGGCCCGGCUGCGCGGCAACAUCGCCAACCCCUCCUCCCCGGAGCUGCUGCACUUCCUAUUCGGACCUCUGCAAAUGAUUGUGGACACGACAGGAGGCCCCCAGUUCGCGAGCGGCGUGCGGCGGCCGCACCUGACGUCUGAGGCCGUGGCGCUGCUGCACGACAAUGUCACCCCACGAGAAAAUGCGCUCUGGACCUCGCUGGGGGACUCCUGGACCAGCCCGGGGCUGGAGCUGCCCCCGGAGGAGGGACCCCCAUACAGCCCCAACUUCUACAGCGGCUGGGAACCCCCAGCUACUGACCCACAGGGCCGCGCCUGGGAGGACCCAGUAGAGAAACAGCUACAGCAUGAGCGGCGGCGCCGGCAGCAAAGCGCCCCCCAGGUCGCUGUCAAUGGUCACCAAGAGCCGGAGCCAGAAGCUGAACCCCAGCCGGAGCCAGAGCCGGCAGGGAAGUGGGUCCUAUGUAAUUACGACUUCCAGGGCCGCAACAGCAGCGAGCUGUCUGUCAAGCAGCGGGACGUGCUGGAGGUCCUGGAUGACAGGCGCAAGUGGUGGAAGGUUCGGGACCCGCAGGGGCAGGAGGGAUACGUACCGUAUAAUAUUCUGACACCCCACCCCGGGCCCCCGGGGGUCUGCAGCCAAAGCCCAGCCCGCAGCCUGGAGAGUAGCACUCCCCCUCCACCAGCCCAGGCUCUGGCUCCUGCACCGGCUCGGCCCCGCUGGGACAGCUGCGAUAGCCUCAACAACUUGGACCCCAGAGAGAAAGAGAAAUUCUCCCAGAUGCUCAGUGUCAACGAGGAGCUGCAGGCGCGCCUGGCCCAGGGCCGCUCCAGCCCCAGUCGUGCAGCCUCGGGGCCCCGCGCCCCGGAGCCGCAGCUCAGCCCGCGCUCCGGAGCCUCGGAGGUCCGCGCCUGGUUACAAGCCAAGGGCUUUAGCUCCGGGACCGUGGACGCGCUGGGCGUGCUGACCGGCGCGCAGCUUUUCUCGCUGCAGAAGGAGGAGCUGCGGGCGGUGAGCCCCGAGGAAGGGGCGCGGGUGUACAGCCAGGUCACGGUGCAGCGCGCGCUGCUGGAGGACAAAGAGAAAGUGUCAGAACUGGAGGCGGCGAUGGAGAAGCAAAAGAAGAAGGUGGAAGGCGAGAUGGAAACGGAGGUUAUUUGACCCUUCCCGGCUCUCGGCCAGCAGUUUCGAGGCAGCCCCGUGGAAGCACGGACUCUACAGACUGCCCCCACCAAUGGAAGUAGACCCCUCGAAGGAUCACUGACCCCUUCCGGCCCUGGUCUUCCCCGUCUAGGGGAUAAAUUGGCCCGUCCUUACUGGAGUCUCCUCAGCGAGCGCUCGUGGGCUGGAGCGGGGAGGGCGGCGGGGCGUAGAGACAAUUUAGGGGAAGCGCUAUAGGCGCGCCCCGGGAGAGGGCGCACCCGGGAACCCUGUGCAUUCAGAUAUGCUGCCCAGUCUAUAAACAGCCUCUUCUUA